AUGAAGUUUGUGGCAUCUUUUGUUGUUACCUCGGUGGUGAUGGGAUUACACUAUCACUUCCCAAAUAAUUGGAUAAUUGGUAACAUAUUGGGUGUGAGUUUUGUAAUUUCUACAUUGUCCCAAAUCAAACUCAAUCAAUUCAAAUUGGUGUAUCUUUUAUUAUCAGGAUUAUUUUUCUAUGACAUCUACUUUGUUUUUGGAACUGAUAUUAUGGAAACAGUUGCAACUGGACUUGAGGUUCCUAUGAAGUUGCUUAUGCCAAGAAUAGGAUCUCAAUUCAGCUUAUUAGGACUUGGUGAUGUAGUUGUACCAGGAUUCCUCAUCAGUUUAUGUUUAAGGUUUGAUAUCUAUCAAUAUUACGCCCGAAAUGAUGUUAGUUUCCACCAUUUGAACAACUAUGCACAACCUUACUUCAAGGCUAGUUUGGUGAGUUAUGUACUAGGGUUAUUAUUGACCUUUAGCAUGUUGCAUAUAUUCCAAGUUGGUCAACCAGCAUUGCUCUACAUAGUUCCUUGUUUGUUAAUUGGCGUUACUGGAUUGAGUUUAUUUAGACAGGAAUUUACCGAAUUCUGGAGUUUCUCCGAAGAUAUUAGUGAGUUUGUUGAUGAAAAGGAUAAAGAAGAAGGUGAAGACUACCAAGUAAAAGAGGAAGGGGACAACGUAGAGGCAAAUUUAGUUGAUGAUGUAUAUGAGGAUGGCGAUGGCAGCAAUGACGGAGAGUAUUCCAAUAAUGACUCAGAAAAAGAUGAUGAUGAAGAAGAAGACGCCACAUAUUUUGAAGG